AUGCGCAGAAAGAGUGUCGCUUUUUGAUUGCGUCACCACUGAUCGCUCGAUACACGAGGGGUAGGGGAACAAGUUUAUUUCAGCUAAUGAGAUCUGCUUCUCAAAUUAAACCAUGGGGAAGCAGAAAACAAAGAAGUUUGCUGCAAUGAAGCGAAUGAUCAAUCUGAAAGAUCAUAGAAUAAAAGAGAAAGAUCGAGCCAAAGCAAAAGAGAAAAAGAAGAAAGAUCCCUCAGAGCUUAAGGAGAGAGAAGUGCCAAAGUACCCAUCAUGCCUGUUCUUCCAGUACAAUACUCAGCUUGGUCCACCGUACCACAUUCUGGUUGACACCAAUUUCAUCAACUUCUCCAUCAAGGCCAAACUGGACAUUGUUCAGUCUAUGAUGGACUGUCUCUAUGCCAAAUGUAUCCCAUAUAUCACAGACUGUGUAAUGGCUGAGAUUGAAAAACUUGGAAUGAAGUACAGAGUUGCACUCAGGAUAGCCAAAGAUCCAAGGUUUGAGCGCCUGCCGUGCACACACAAGGGGACAUAUGCCGAUGACUGUUUAGUCCAAAGGGUAACACAGCACAAGUGUUACAUCCUGGCUACUGUGGACAGAGAUCUAAAGAGAAGAGUUAGGAAGAUCCCUGGAGUACCCAUCAUGUACAUCUCAAACCACAGGUAUAACAUUGAACGGAUGCCUGAUGACUACGGUGCUCCAAGAUUUUAAUAUUACAGCUGAGCUGGACCUGUAAAUGGACCGAUGUUUCCCUUGUUUUCCUCUUAUGUAUAUUAAAGAAUAUUGUUAGAUUUUGAAGUUUGAUUUAUUGGAGGAUGAUGUUGUGUGUGUUUGAUGUAACUGAAAAUUACUUAAGGUGUUGUUUUUCUUAUAUAAUAUUUUGUUUCUGGAAUAAACGAGUUGUUGCAAUGCA